UAUCUUUUGAUUUUUAGUUUUCCUUUAUUAAAUAAAGAAAUAACAAAAAAGUGGAUAGAUGCUAUACAAAUAAAAGGAUUUGUUCCUACAAAAUAUAGCAGGGUAUGCAGUAAACAUUUCACUUACUCGGAUUUUAAAAAUAUUAAUGGGCAACGUUUACACUUAAAAACUGAUGCAGUUCCAUCAGUUUUUUUUUCUAAAAAUGAAAUCCUAACAAAAGGUCCGGAAGAAAAAGAUAAUGGCAUUAUGAAUGUUUAUGAAAAUCCCAUCGAUUUAAGUAUAAAUAAUUCUUAUAAUGAUUGUCCAAUAACACCUAAAAGAGUUAGAAGACAAAUAAUAUUUGAACAUUCAUAUUGUAAUAGCCCAUCCAAAGAAUUAUUGACCACACCAAAACGAGGUAGACCUCAAACAGUAGUAACUCCAAAAAAAGUACAAUUUAAAUAUAAAAUUAAAAGAUUAAGUCAACAAGUACGAAGAUUAAAAAGUAAAAUAACUAAUCUUAAAGAACUACUUCGGAGUAUUAGAAAGAAAGGCUUGAUUGGAAAUAAUGAACAUGACACAUUGUUGGAUGAAUUUGAAGGCAUGUCUAAGGAGUUAUUUAAAAACCAGAUAAAUAACCAAAAUAAAAAGGCAACUGGUCAAAGAUAUAGUAAUGAGCUAAAAAAGUUUGCACUAACUCUAAAUUACUAUUCCCCUAAAGCAUAUAAAUAUUGUAGGUUAGUAAAAAAUAAUUUUAUUAAAUAUUAUGUUUAAAGUUAUAUAUUUAAAAU